UAUGAACACAGCAGCAGCGUCCGUGUCCAGCUCCGUGACAAGAUGUCCCGUAUUCUGAACGGUAUCGUGGCGGUGUGUCCUGACCUGGGGAUCGGGAACAGGGGGAACCUGCCCUGGCACCCUGUCAGACUCAGCAACGAAUUCAAACAUUUCCGAAUCUUGACAGCGACUCCAUCGGAGAAAGGUAAACAGAAUGUGGUGAUCAUGGGCAGGAAGACGUGGUUUUCCAUCCCGGAGAAGAACAGACCUCUGAAUAACAGGAUCAACAUCGUCCUCAGCAGGCAGUGCAAAGUGCCCCCUGCAGGAGCACACCAUCUAUCGGCAGACUUCAGCUCGGCUCUCAGGCUCGUUGACACAGAGCUCUCUGAUCAGGCCGACCAGGUCUGGGUUAUAGGAGGCAGCUCUCUCUACAAGGAGAUGAUGGAGAUCCCGGGGACCAGGAGACUGUUUGUCACACGAAUACUGAAGCAGUUUGACUGUGACACUUUCCUCCCGGAAAUCAGUCCAGACAAAUACCGGCAGCUGCCAGAGUUCCCAGGAGUGCCACAGGAGCUGCAGGAGGAGAACGGUAUCCAGUACAGAUUUGAAGUCUAUGAGAGCAUAGAGCCAUGAAGAGAAAACAUUUAAAAAAGCCUUGUAAUUUUGUAAUUGGCACCAGAGUAAUGUAACUGCUGGUUUUAAAUGUGAUUUGUACAGUUGGGUGUUGUCAUACAAAGUUGUAUUUUCUAAAUAUUUUCUUGCAAUAAAUUUUGA